CACAACUAAGCAGACCAAUUUUCCCGCUUUUCCUAUCUUCUUUCCUAUUUUCAUUAUUUCCUAAAGUCUCCUCUCUCUGUCUACGCGUUUGUGAUCUACCUCGUAAACACAUUAAAGACACAAAAUCAGUCAAGAUGUUCUCUAUUAAGACCAUCUCCACCGUCCUCCUGGCCGCCGCCGCCACCGUUUCCGCCGCUCCCACCAACACCGCCGGCACCAAGACCCCGACCCGCACCUACGAGCUUACAGGCGUCACCCACUCCGUUGUUGCCGGCCUCGGUGGCCUCCGCUUCGACCCAGACAACGUCGUCGCCGAGGUGGGCGACAUCGUCGAGUGGCACUACCUGCCCCGCAACCACUCCGUCGCCGAGUCCAACUUUGGCAACCCCUGCAACCCUCUGGCCGACGGCUCCUCCUUCUUCUCCGGUUUCAACUUCUUCACUCCCGAGGGCCAGUCCGCCAACGUCUUCCAGAUCGUCGUCGAGGAUAAGAAGCCCAUCUGGUACUACUGCGCCCAGAACGCCGGCCAGCACUGCAAGAACGGCAUGGUCGGCGUCAUCAACCAAAACUUUGACAGCCCUGACUUCACUCUCGCCAAGCACAAGGCGUUAGCUGCGCAGAAGGGCGAUGCCGUUAUUCCUCCUAUUCAGCAGGGUGGCUUUGUCAUCCCCAACCCCAACCCUCUCGGAGGCUUCAAGCUCUGAAUGUGUGAUCUAUCUAUGAUUAGUCCUUGUUGGGAGAUAUUGGGCUGUUAUGGCGGUAAUUGCAUAUGCAUUGGGCGGGUUGCAUGGCACGGUUGAAGGGGAAUUGCAUCUGGCGGCGCUAAAAAUUGGGAAAUUUGACUCAUCCGCUUUAUAACCUUCGCUCUUUAGCUUACUUUGGACACAUAAUAUUCUAUAUCAUC